AUGAUUUAUUGUAACGAAGACGAGACACAGCAACACCUGCUCAUGGACUGUUACAGAGCUCAGGAGGUCUGGUCCAUGCUCCAAGGCCUCGGCCUGGCUCAUGAAGUCGGUUAUAAAUCUGUGAUCAAAACCGGCGGAAAGACCAGAGCUAAGGCAAAGACCCGCUCUUCCCGUGCUGGGCUCCAGUUCCCAGUCGGUCGUGUUCACAGGCAUCUGCGUAAAGGAAACUAUGCGCAGCGUGUGGGUGCCGGCGCCCCCGUCUACCUGGCGGCUGUGCUGGAGUACCUGACCGCUGAGAUCCUGGAGUUGGCUGGAAACGCUGCCCGCGACAACAAGAAGACCCGUAUCAUCCCCCGUCACCUGCAGCUGGCUGUCCGCAACGACGAGGAGCUCAACAAGCUGCUGGGCGGAGUGACCAUCGCUCAGGGCGGCGUGCUGCCCAACAUCCAGGCUGUUCUGCUGCCCAAGAAGACCGAGAAGGCCGCCAAGUCCAAGUAAAGCUGGAGACUCGCUGACUGCUGGAAACCAGCCCCCAAAAGGCUCUUUUAAGAGCCAAACACUCCCAAGAUAAAGAGCUCUGGUCCUCAUGUCUCUAAUGCACC